AUGUGGGGGGAAGAUUUGGCCGUUGCUUCCGAACGUGACGGUACUUACAGGCGCGGAGGCCCAACGGGUCGAGAGGUAUUGCACGCGCGUGACGGCCGAGGGACGUGCGCCCACGCGUGCGGCGACACUUGUCCCAGAAGCGACACGGUGAUCUGGUGGGAGGCGCGCCAUUGGUCGGACAGGUAUUCCCACAUCACGACCACGCAUCUCUGGCCCCGAGCAGCGGCUUUCGCUAUACUUGUACCGCCUCAAUCACCCUUCCCGGAUACCCGUCACCGCUCUUCCAUCCCACCUCCGCCCUUUGCGUUUCGCAUCACCACCACCUGGACCGCCACACCGAACACAUCACUCCAGCCUACACCCCCAAACCUUCCCCCCCGUUCACCCGUCCUUUAUAAACCCUCCUACACCCACCUCUCCCUCCACUCCCUCCCCCACAACUUCCCACUCCGCCGCACCCGCUCUCUUCCCUCCAGCACACUGCCUCUGUCCCGCACUUCCCUCGUAUAUCGCCGUUUUCCGUCCUACGCCUCUCUUCUUCCCUCUCCCUCUCCCCCCCACCCUGCCUCCGAACACUCCUACCCCCCACUAACCCACCAUGCUCGGCCCGCUCCCCCUUCCCCUUGCGGCCCUCCUCGUCCUCUUCCCCCUCGCCCUCGCCACGCCCCUCCACCGCGCUGA